GCACAGGCAGCGCCCCAGCACCAACUCGUCAAUCCGCUGCAUCGCGGGGCCGAGCCAACAAACUUUCCCCUUGAUUGCCUUCUGUCAAUUCCAUGUGUACGGACUCUAGAGAAGAGGCUAGAGGUAUUUCCCCUUCCCUCGCGUUACACGACCCCCCUUGGCUCGCCGUUGUGUCUUGCAUUGUGCCUUUGUCUCGCCUUGCUAAGUCCCAGGUCCGCCGGCACUCAUCUCAAGCUUUCGCUCCUGGACUUCUUCCCCCUUCUGAUCAUCACCACAACUCCCGCUGUCCAACUCUCCUUUCCUCAUCCGAACACCUCCACUCUCCCUUGGUCCCCUGAAAGCCUCGAGGCAAAUUGCCUGCCACAAGGUUCAUUUGCAAAUUCCAUUGCACGCACUUUGCCGACACGUUGCUCUUUCGAGUCUUCUCUGCAGUCUACUCUGCGAAGUAAGUCCAAGGAUCAAGACCGACCACAUCCGUCCGGACACAAUACCUCUCCGGGCAAUUAGCAACUCGUCAGUGAACCGGCCGUAACUGUGGCAUCUACAGCUCCAUCAUCUUUGCGACUGCCAGAAACCAGACCGCAACCAACAUCUCCAAACUGCACUGCAACCAACGUCAACUCUCGCAACUCCAACACUCCAACUAAAGACAAAAGACAGGGGUCGCUCCCUCCACGUGCCGGCCGCCCGACUUUAGCGCCUCCUCCCCAAAGCCCCCCUUCUCCGCCAGCCUUUUUCAGGCCCAGCUACGACCGGUGGUCAGCCCAGUCCAAUAAGGUGCCGUCCUAUUUCGUACCAUCGCCAGGUACAUUGCAGCCAGCAGAAAAUACGAGAAAACCCGCUGCGGAAGGGGGCUCGUUGACACCAAAGGACCUCGAGGUACGGAGUACCAGGCACCAGUCCAGCAAACGGCGCAGCGCUUCAAACAUCCGCCUGCCGCCACACACCUUGCAGUCUUCACUUUCUCUUCCUUCGUUUCUCUCUCCGUGCCACUCUCGCUCUCGCCUCUUUUGUCACCUUGUUGACCUGCAAGGUGGUUCGCAUUUUGCAUCCUCCUCAACCUCCAUCUUUUCUUCUCUCGUCUUUCCUUGUCGCUGUUCUGUCGCGUCGCUGCACUGCAUCUCUCAUGCCUUCCGUCUGACGCAACUUGCAACAACCCCCAUCCUUUCCUUCCCCCCGAAGAGUCCGGCCCACCACCGACUCCAGUCCCGUCGUCCGCCCGCCGUCUCCGUCGCCGUAUCCUCCGAUCACCCGUCGCUUGGCUUCUUGACUUUGUUGCUUGUCACCCCUGUCACAACACCAUCACCGCGCAACCAUGAGCGAGCUGCCGACCACCGAGAAGCCCGCGGGCUCCAAGGCUCUUCACCCAGCCUUCUUCAUCGCAAGCUGGAUCUUCUUCUCCAACUUGACCAUCCUCUUCAACAAGUGGCUGCUUGACACAGCCGGCUUCAAAUACCCCGUGAUCCUCACCUUCUGGCACCUCGUCUUCUCCACCCUGGCAACCCAGGUGCUGGCGCGCUUCACCUCCCUCCUCGAUGGCCGCCACAAGGUCAAGAUGACGGGCCGCGUCUACCUGCGCGCCAUCAUGCCCAUCGGCGUCCUCUACUCGGGCUCCCUCGUCUGUUCCAACCUCGUCUACCUCUACCUCUCCGUCUCCUUCAUCCAGAUGCUCAAGGCCGCCGCCCCCGUCGCCGUCCUCUUCACCAGCUGGAUCUGGGGCGUCGCCGACCCCUCCAUGAAGACCUUUUACAACAUCCUCCUCAUCGUCGGCGGCGUCGGCCUCGCCUCCUUUGGCGAGAUCGAGUUCUCCUGGAUCGGCUUCAUCUUCCAGAUGGGCGGCAUCAUCUUCGAGGCCAUCCGUCUCGUCAUGAUCCAGGUCCUGCUGAAAGGCGACGAGAACGCCCAGAAGAUGGACCCCCUCGUCAGUCUCUACUACUACGCCCCCGUCUGCGCCGUCAUGAACUUCUUCGUCGCCUGGUUCAGCGAGUUCAGCAAGUUCAACGUCGAGGACUUUAACAAGGUCGGCUUCACCAUGCUGCUCCUCAACGCCAGCGUCGCCUUUGCCCUCAACAUCUCCAGCGUCUUCCUCAUCGGCAAGACGUCGGGCCUGGUCAUGACCCUCACCGGCAUCCUCAAGAACAUCCUCCUCAUCGUCGUCUCCGUCCUCAUCUGGCACACCAGCAUCACGGCCCUGCAGUUCAUCGGCUACGCCGUCGCCCUCUUCGGCCUCGUCAUCUACUCCACCGGCUGGGACCAGCUCAAGGCCUCGAGCGCCGGCGCCAUCGCCUGGUCCCGCGGCGUCUGGAACUCCCACGCCCUCGACGAGGGCCGCCUCUCGCCCCUCCUCCGCCGCGCCAUCUUCUUCGGCCUGCUCACCCUCAUCACCCUCAUGGUCGUCAUGGGCUUCGCCUACAAGGGUGCUUCUGCGCCGGCGGACUGGUUUGCCAAGACGAGCGCCGUCAGCGCCUAGUUGUGUGGACUACUUCAUUUUUCCUUUUUCCAUCAUCAAAGCCUGGAGUUUUGGGAUAGCGCGUUGUGUACAAAAGAGAACAUUGGGAUCAGAAAAAUCUGUGACAUUGGAUGGAGGAAGGGAGUGUUGGGCUGGCUUUUCAAACGCGCGGGUUUUGGGUGGUCUUUGGGUCUAGGCCGCCCGGUGUUGUAAUAUUGUAUAUCACGAGCAGCAUGCAUCACAGGCACAGCUUUAGAAUACAUGAUCUGAACGACGUGCCUCCUAUCUCUAAACCCG